AUGCAGACUGGAGCCUCACGAAUCAAAGUGUUGGAUCCGGUAUUUGUGCCCGUUGAGGCGACCUCUGACGGACGCCAACUGCUGCAUCGUUACUACGAGAACGAAGAUGAAGUGGCUGGUGCGCAGUCAACGAGUAAUUCGAGUAGUGCAGGCCUGGAGGAUGAUUAUGAGUUGGUUGACCCUGUAGACAUAAUUGCUAUAGGGAAUGAUGAUGACGACGACGAUAUCCAAAAAGCAUUAAGAAAGCUGGAAGAAUCCAGAAACAUGCUUGAUGAGCCCGUUGUUUUAAGCACUUCUGUGAGUGAUGAAUUAAUUGAGCAAGCAUCAGAUAGAAGACAACAGAUUGUAACGGGCGGUAGCUGA